UAUAAUUCUUUCUUACUUUUAAUUCUAGAGAGAGAAAGAGGAAAACACAUAGCAGUCCAGCACAAGACUUAUCACAAAGAAGCUUUCAUUCUCAAUUACGAUUAUACAAAUUAAACACACACCCUUUAUUUUCUUUUUCUUCUUCAUUCAUUAAUAACUACCCACCAAAUACUUCAUUUUCUAGAGAGAGAAAUUUAAUAACAAACGAAAUACAAAAUAUUUCCCACAACAUGAUCAUGGAGUUCAUGUAAUCAACAUCCUUUCUAUUCAAAAAAGAAGAAAAUUUUCAGGGUUAUCAAAAGUCUUGAACAUUUCAUAAACUAUGACUAGCAAGAAUAACAAUAAACCCCGCUUAGUUCGUUGUCCUAAAUGUCGGAAUGUUCUACCUGAGCCACCAGGAAUUCCAGUGUACGAAUGUGGGGGCUGUGGUGCAAUACUUCAAGCAAAAAAGCCAAAAAACAACACAGUUGAUAUAACAUCAAAAAAACCUGAAGAUGAUUCUUCAGGAAAACGGAAAAUGGAGCAACUAUCUGAUGAUCAAGAAGCUGGCAGCAGCUCAAAUCAACAAGUUUUGGUUAACUCUAUUGACGAACCAGUUCGAAACAGUGGCCAUAGUGAUCUGCACAGCUCAACUGAAUAUCAAGAUGUAGCUGAGAAAGCGGUAAAUGGUACAGCUGAAGCACCAUCAAGUGAAGCUGAAGAGUAUUCAUCUGGAAAAUGGAAAAUGAAGCAACCUUUUGAUGAUCAAGAAGCUUCCAGCAGCUCAAAUCGACAGUUACUGGUUCAUUCAAAUGUUGAAUCAGAUCGAAACGUAUUUCAUAAUGACCCUCGUAGCUCCACUGAACUUUCGGGUCAUGAAGACCCUGAGUCAUCUCCUGAAGCUGUGGUUCACAAUAGAAUAAAUCAAGAACAGGUUCAAGACCAAGAUCAAGAAAUGAAUCAUGAUCAAGAUCAAUAUCAAGAUGCAGCUAAGAAGCAAGAAAAUGUUGCCAUUGAUGCCAUGUCACCUGGAUUCCAGCAUUCCCUGGAAAAACAGAAAAUGGAACAAUUUUCUGAUGAUCAUGAAAUUGGUAGCAGCUUGACUCAACAUACCUUGGUUAAAUUGAUUAUAGAGCCAGAUCAAAAGAGUGAUCAUGAUGAACCUCACAACUCAUACGAGCUUUCGUAUCAUGACGAUCCAGAGUCAUCACCAGAAGCCACGGUUCAUAACAGAAUCGAUUAUGAUGAAGAGUUUAAAAGCUGUAGAAAUGGGACUGAUUUUGAAGACAGCAGUAGUUAUUUAAAUUACAGGUCUUUUUCUGAGGUUGAAGAGCCAACACAUGACAGUAUUGCUAAUAACAGGAGACUCAUUAGGGAUUCUGAUGGCGGCUCGAAGUCAAGCUUCAAGAGUUUGAUAGCAGAAAAGUUGCUUGAUACAAGACAGAAAAAAGUGAUGCAUUUGGAUGAAGAUGACAUAUUAUCCGAAGAUGAAUCUGCAGAUUUGCAUCAUCGUCGAAGAUUUGAUCGUAUCAGUUCUGUAGAGACGUUGGAAAAUGCACGUUUUGGUGGCACGGGUAAUUACUACGGAUACGAGGGCAGUGUAUCUUCUUUUGAUGGAAAUGAUGAUCAAGUCACUCGAAAGAAGCAUAAUGGUUUGAAAGGAGACACACAUUUUGAUUCGGGAAUCAGGUAUCGGUUCAACAGGCAUAACGAGUUUCAUCCUUCAAAUGGACGAGUGGGUAAAGGCGAGCACCGAUCAACUGAUGUUCGGUCAUUUUACAGUUUGAACGACUUCCAUGGGUAUCCUAGAAAUCUUUCAUCUAUGAUCCCCGAAAAUCCUAAAAUGGAGCGAAUAGAGCUCUUAAAAAUGGUUCGAGACCUGCAGGAUCAGCUUGAAAGAACAAAUGUGUCAAACACUCAACAAGUUCCUUCAUACUACAAUCAUGUUUUGAACCAUUCGGGAAGAUUUGGCCAGCGGAUGGCGUUUUCUGGCGAAGCACCGGUGACUGAUAGACGACGGGACGCCAGCUUGUGCAACCAUUGCCGUCCACAAGACAGGCAAUACUCAGCACAGCUUCCCCGCCAACACGUGUGCUAUAGCGGGCCUCAUUAUGGGCAAAACUCGUACUACAGCCCACAUUUUUCUGGGGCGUCGACCCCUAAACACCAUUCAGAAUCUGAAUUUUCUGCGCUUGAUGAUCAAUGGCACAGGAAUGAAAUCAAGAAACGGUCUCCAAAGAAGAAGAUAUAUGUCCGCCCAAUUGCAGGUGGGUCUCCAUGGAUCACUUGUUAUCGAUGCUCGGAGCUUCUUCAGCUGCCUCAAAGCUUUCUUGUUUUUAAGAAAAGAUUCCAUAGUUUGAGAUGUGGUGCUUGUUCGAAGGUACUUAAAUUCACGCUUUCAAAUGGAACUCAUCUUGGUCAAUAUUACCCAGAAGAAACGAUUGCUGCUCCUCCAAGCAGUGAAGUGGAAGACUAUGAUAAAUCAAUCAGGUCACGAACGGGCCCGGUUUCAUGUUCAGAUCGUUCUUUUCAAAAGGAUUACUCUACAGAAACAGAUAGGAAUGGUUCAUGGGAAUUCAGUGAGGAUAGGAAAAAGGCUACAAUGUCAAGAGACCCAUCAAAUUCAACCCGCCCAUCUUCUUCAAAGAUUUCAGGCAGCAGUAAGACCAGAUCAGAAAUCGAGGAGGUUGAGCCAGGGAUCAAUGGCUCACCGCUGCAUUGGCUCAUGGGAUAUCCUUCUCCAAGCAAGGUGAUCCGGGGCUGAUCAGGGGCAUGGAGGGAACGUUUUAAAAUGGGUUAAUUUAUAAUGUAUAGUUGCAUAUAUCUGCUUUAUAUAAUUUUAUUGGUUCUUUUCUUUUGUUCAGGUUGGUGAUUGUUACUACACAGAAUCCGAUAUAAUUUUUAUUUUUGAUUUUAAUAGUGGACAGACAUUUGAGAAAUGUAUUGUAUUAGCAUCAUUUGAAUUUCACCGUUCGAAAAUGCACUACGGAAAUUAUAUGACUA